UCACUGUGACCAAAAUACCUGAACAACCUGGAGGGGGAAGAGUUCGUUUUGAGGUCAGAGCUUCCGAGCUCUCGGUCCACAGACAUCCGACUCCAUAGCUCAGGCUCGGGUGAGGCGAGCAUCGUGGCUGAGGGCAGGGUGAGGAAGACGCUCAGCUCAUGAAGGCCAGGCAGCAGAGAGAGGAGAAGCCAGGGGACAAGGAUGAUCCCCAGGGCGCCCCACCUGUGACUGCCUGCGUGACCACUGAUUUUUUGUUUAAGUUCCUGGUGAUUGGAAAUGCAGGGACUGGCAAAUCUUGCUUACUUCAUCAGUUUAUUGAAAAAAAAUUCAAAGAUGACUCAAAUCAUACAAUCGGAGUGGAAUUUGGCUCAAAGAUAAUUAACGUUGGUGGUAAAUACGUCAAGUUACAGAUAUGGGACACAGCAGGACAAGAACGAUUCAGGUCUGUGACAAGGAGCUAUUACCGAGGUGCGGCCGGGGCUCUCCUCGUCUACGACAUCACCAGCCGAGAAACCUACAAUGCGCUUACUAAUUGGUUAACAGAUGCCAGAAUGCUGGCGAGUCAGAGCAUCGUGAUCCUCCUCUGUGGGAACAAGAAGGACCUGGACAGCGACCGGGAAGUCACCUUUCUAGAGGCCUCCAGGUUCGCGCAAGAGAAUGAGCUGAUGUUCCUGGAGACGAGCGCGCUGACUGGGGAGAACGUGGAAGAGGCGUUUGUGCAGUGUGCACGAAAAAUACUCAACAAGAUCGAGUCAGGUGAGCUGGACCCAGAAAGGAUGGGCUCAGGCAUCCAGUACGGAGACGCCGCCCUGCGGCAGCUGCGGUCGCCGCGCCGCACACAGGCCCCAAGUGUGCAGGAGUGUGGCUGUUAGGAGCCCCUGGCACAGGCGUCUGACUGGUGUUGGGACGCGGUGGCCAGAGCCUGAGGAACCUGGAGCUCUUACCACCAGCUCCUCCUCCGUGCGGGAGAUCUCGUGGGGACGUUGCUGCAGCUGGCAGAGGCGGCCCACAGCCACGUAAUGACUGACGCGAGGGACACCCCCUCAGACGUGCGCACGCUCCAGCCUCCCGCCCCACGGCCACGCCCCCUCCGCGAGAACGCGCUCCGUGCUGGGCGUCCUCUCCGGCGUCUCCUGGGGACAGGACAGUGCGCUGGGUGUGGGUGGUACCGUUUAACACAGACACCGGUGUCCGCAGAGGUGUGCUGCCACGACGCGCAGGCGCCGGCCUCGGUGCCCGGCCGUACUUAUUCAACCCCCCUUACCACUCGGCAGUGACCCGCCCACACUUAGAGGCUGGAUCAGUCGCCCUUCACCAGUGACCGAAAUAAAGAUUGGCGUGUGCCUGAGCUGGCGCUGUCCCACCUCGGCUGGCUUCAGGGCUUCUCCCCUAGGCCAGGUCAGGAGCGUCGCGGGCCCACGGGCUGCGCUUCCCACCCAGCAGACAGAGGUGCCAGCACAGGAGCCCCUCUCCCUGCUGCCCCUUGCUGGUCCGUCUGCUCUUCCUGCAGGAAAGACCACUGGAGUUGGGCCUAAGGGCACCUGCCUCAGCUCGAAUCCUUCACUCUGCUGUUCUUUGUUUUACUUCCUUCACGCUGAACCCCGGGUGUCCCACCACGGAGCCACAUCCCCAGCCCUUCUUACUUUGGUCAAGACAGGGUCUGCUGAGUUGCCAGGCUGGCCUUGCCCCUGCACCCUCCUGCCGGCCGCCAGGUGGUGGGUCAUGGGUGCCCCCUCCCCACCUGCCUGUCCUGUUAUUUUCCGGAGACCCACAGACUUGAGUUCGUGUUAAAAGGGUCCCACUUAACGAGAAAGCUCAUAAAUCUUGUUGAUGCCUUCCUACAAUUGGUCACCAAGCAGGCCAGGAUUUGACCCAGCAAGGCCUGGUGGGUGUGGGGCAGGGACAUCUAUCUACUGUGUUGCAAAGAUCGUCCUCAUAUUUCAAAAUGCCAAUGCAAAAAACAGAGAGUGAAAUCUGUCUCUGAGGUUGAAAUACGCUAUUAUUUAGGUCAGAGGGGUUAAAAAGCAUUCUUCACGCUGGGCACAGUGGCCUCACCUCUGAUUCCACGGCCCAGGAGGCUGAGGCAGGAGGAUCACCAUCCCAGGCCAGUCUUGGCAACUUAGAACCUGUCUCAGUGAAAAAUAAAAGGGCAGGGGACGUGGCCCAGGGGUGGAGCACCCCAAGGGUCAAGCCCAGAACCAGUUCCUGCACUCGCGCUCGCACCCUGCAUGUCUUUCCUCCGUGGCUCUGAGCUGGACUGGAAACUUAAUUCAGAAGCUUCCCAGCGAGUGUGCGCCACCAUCAAACAAGCACAGAGACGCUAUUUGGCUAAAAGUAUCAGUAUGUAUCCGUUUUAGAUAUUUUAAGGGUUUUUUUCUCAAUUCCUUGAAUAGUUUACUUUGAAAAGUGAUGCUAAAGCGAAUUCUCAAACUGGUCCCCUCCAGGGUCUCACGUAAGGGUGUCACCUGCUGCUGUCAGGGUCAGCUCUGGAUGGCAGAGGCAAGGAGCCCGUCCAGAUGCCGUGCCCAUUCAAGACAGCCUGGGGCUGUCUGCAGCCCCUAACGCAGUGGCAGAGGCUGCCUCUGCUGGGAGCAGACCCAGUGCCCUUCCUGAGGCCCCUGCCCCGGAAGGACACCCAGGUCGCCACAUCUUCAGGAAGCACAAGUGUGGAUUCCAGAAAAGCGGUCUCCAGUCCUGCAAGAACAGGCUCUGGCUUCUGUCAGACUGGAGGUCACAGCUGUCCAGCAGCCUGGCUCUCCUGUGGGCAGAACCAGGUGCCCAGCAGGUCAGUAGUGAGGUCAGACGGAGUGACAGAGCAGACGGAGGUAUGUAGCAGCCACCCCUAUUCGUGCCAAAGGUCAUGGCGUGUGCACACACCCGUACACAGGGCUCCCGGGCCCAGCCCGCAUGGCCGCCUGGCUCCCCGGCUCCCCAGGAGGAAACCAUAUCCGGGGCUGUGCGGGGAGCUCCGUUCCCACCCCCACAUCUCUGGCACUACACAGCUCUCACUGUCACUUGCACGACUUCCAGAACAAGAAAGCAUGAGCCCAAGUCAGGAAGCACCAGGGCCACCCAGUCUGGGCUGAGCACACAGCUCUCCUGGACCGCAGCAGGUCUGCUGGACGCAGGCACCAGCAUGGUGCACUGUUCAAGCGUACUAACCAGAACUGCUUCUCAAAACAAGGCUUGGCCUAAUGUCCAUUUUAUUCACAUUUUUCCAAGUAAAUGCUAAAAAUCUCAGCUAAAAACACUGUUCUAGGAAAGACAACCAGAAGUCCUCACCAGCCAGGCCAGGAUCCAGGGGCUGCCGACGGGGGCUCUCCAGACACAGCCGUGCUGCUGAGGAGGGCACCCAGCGUCUGCAGUAAGGAGGCCUGAAGGACUGGGCAGCCUUCUGCCACCUCCCCCGGCAGGCCUGAAGGGGCAGAGCUGGGCCAGAACUCCACCCUGGCCACAGGGCCAGGUAUCCACGUCCUCACUCCUAGAAACUCCAGUUACCCUUCCACACAAAAAUCCAUCUCGGAUGCAGAACUUCCAUGUGCCCGGGUCAUAUUUUCAGGAUCCUUUUUCAUGCUCACUGACCAGACUCCAUGACAAGGACCUCACACGGUCCGGCACUGGCCCUUGGAAGCCAACUACUCUGCGGUCAGCCCUGGUGUUGCUACUUCACACAGAGGUGUCGGCCGCCGGGAAAGCCGUCACCCUGACACUCUCUGGUGUCCAAGUGCCCGGGGUUCCAAGUCCACCCGUUCAGCCUGUGUGCUCCACGGGGCCACAGCGAGGACACUCCCGACUACGGAUGGAGCCGCCAUGGCUUCCGUGGGCGGCAGUCCAGGCUUGCUCUCUCCCCUGCAGCCUCGCAAGCUCAGUCCCAUGAACUGUCCAGGACCUGGGCCCAGACGGCUCCAGCCAGGGCAGUGGACGCCCAGGAGAGCCUCACUCCUCCAGCCCCACUCCCUCCGGUCGCGCUGGUCCAGCAGAGGGCUGGCUAGACGUUAUCACCUCAAUAUUCCACGAGCAGCUUCAGUGUAAAAUUAACAAAACCCAAAAAGCAGGUUUAUGGCAAAUUGUUUUAAUUAAGAACUUAAAGCCAAAAAUUUAAAAAGACUUUAUGUAGCAUUUAUUUUAAAUAACACUGGAUUCUCAACCAGUUUUAUUUUUCCAACCUGAAGGCAGCUUUAAACCAUCUCCCUGUCUUACAUGUCCCAAGAAUUGGGAACACAAGCACAUCAUCAGUUCCCAGUAAUAAGAAGAAAGUAGGAAUGUCACAUUGUCACAACUUUUAAAAAUUCAUAGGCUCAAAAAGUAACUGUGUCCUUGGGAAAGGGAAAGGAGGAUCUCGACCACCGAGGACUCGGGCAGGAGGGACCGAGGUACUACACUCAGCUACGCUUGGUUCGUGCACAUCAGAAAUCCCUUAACGACCUUGUUCGCUUGUCUUCUCCUGAAAGGAAGGGGGAACUGGCCCGUCUGCCUUCCAGGCUCGCUCACUUCCGCUUGGAGUUCAGGGGAAAGCGCACAAAGGCGUACGUUUUCUAGACGUCCCGCGGACCCGGGCUGGAGGAGGCGGGUGCCAGGCCUGCACCCCGGCCACCUUCCUGUGAUGGUCAGAGGCAACCUGAGGCUCAGCCAGUGGGAGAAACUGCCAGAGCCACACCACCGCCCUGGCGUGAUCCUGUGACCCACAGGUCCCCACAGCAUUUGAAAAUGUGUGACAGGUUGAACCAAAGUUCACCAGACUUCCUAGCCAGUGUGUGGGACAACGUGUAGAACUUCCUCUUGGUGAGCACACUGCUCAACAAGGCGCGUUCUCCAUACAGAAUCCACCUCGAGACCGUGCAAGUGCUCAGAUUCCCAGGAUGCACACUCACAGCGUGACACGGUGACAAGAUGGUGACUGAUGUGAAUGAAACUGGUCUGCGUGCCCAGAGCAUUGGACUUCGGAGACCCUGAGUGAGAACCAAGGCCUGCCUAGCCUCAGGUGCGACGCCAGCUUCCACUCACCCCCGAGGUGCUAAGCUGGAGGCCAAGCACCGGCUCGGCUCCUAGAGCACCUGCCCUGGUCCUUCCUGGACAGGCCUCGCCAGUGGAGAGGCCACCACCUGGGAAAUGAGCGUGAAGACCAUUUUCCACGCAAACAGGACCAGCACUGCUGGGGCACGGCUGUGCCUGCUCCCGUCCCUGCACUCCUGAAAGGUGCUGGCCAGGACCCAAACGACAGUUCAACCUGAAGCACGAACAUCACACCGUCAAGACCGAGUGCUGCGGAAGAAGAGGGAGAAGGCGGCAGCGUCUCUAACCGCGUCUUCCACUGUGCCUUCCCACGGGCCAAUCCCAGGUUACACCACGUGGUUUCAGGGUACGAGUUCUACGUGUUCUGCCGGCUAUCGCAGGAGAGGCUAGAGUCCACAGCCCGUCACCGCGGCUGGCUGAAGCUCAGUGUUCUAAAGGGAAAUGCUGUAGUUAAAAGGAGGUGCCACUGACCUGCGCAACGGCACUGCCACCCAAACACAGUGCCUGGCGCUGCGUCUACGGGAAUGUGUGUGACUGUUAAAGUACGAGGGGUGCCUAGAGCCAUCCAGAGCAGCGGGGCCUCACCAGCCCAAUCCUCGAACCCCAGGACCCACGGGAGGUGGCGCGGGCUGGAACAUAAGCACCUCUUCACCUGCCAGUAGCCACCACGGCCCUGCUUCACCCUACGUGGACCCGCGCUCCUGGGGAGAACUGGACUCCAGGUGGUGCUGAGUCAUGGACUCAAGGUCAUGGUGAGUGCUGUUUGCUUGGUGCUCUCUCACAAAGGAAACCACAUGUGCCAGUUAACACAAAUCUCGUGCAGGACGUGUGAGUCAGAGGCCCCUAGGGUGGGUGACACAGCUCACCCGCGCCAGCCAGAGGGGAAAGGGAGCCUCAUAGCCGUUUAAAGGCAUCUGGUGUCAGUACCUCAAAGGCGAGACGCUCAGACACAACUCUCACAAGAAUACCAGAGGCUGGGGCUCGUCUUUGCGAGUGACUGGUGUCUAUGGCUUUGACCUUCUGCCCUACGGCUGAGGUAGGUGACAAGCUCCAUCCACACAACAGCCUCUGGCCGUUCCCUGCCUGAUGGCGGUCUUGGCCAGGUCCAGCUCGGCCGGUCUGGCCCCGGUGCAGGACGGCGGGUCUAGGCCCGUGCUGAGUAGCAGCGCAUGUACUCGGUCACCCAGGGGCUCUCCGCUGGGGGCGCCCGCGGAGCUCUGCUCUUCUCUACCUCUGCCGCCGAGUGCGCCCGCUGCCUCUGUGCCGCCAGCUUCCUCUUCUCCACCUGCCUCCUGCUCUUGGCGCGUAAUGCGGACUCGUGAAUCUAGGGAGGGGAAACAGCAGAGUGAGUCCGCGAUCCACGCUCACUGCCGAGAGCACCUGCCCAUUUGCUGGCCUGCACACUGAAGCUCCCACGGAACACGCGCACCAGACGCCAGGCUUGGCGUGACCAGCGACGGCAACACUGAGCAACAGGAAACUGGACGUGGGUAGAACCCAUGAGCAGCGGGCUCAGCUCCAGAAGGCUGGGUGAGGAGCUCCCACCUUCUAAACCAGCACCCUGGAGACACCCUCUAACCAGUUCACCAGGCUCCACCCUCUAACGGCAGAUCCCAUUAAACUCAGCCCCAGGGACUGUCAGAGGUCCUUGGAAAAACAGCCUAGUGGCCUCAAAUUUCACUCCAAACAACACCAUCUGCUGGGUGAGAGUUCAGGGAAGCCUAUUUAAUGGCCAUUCGGCUGGUGGCUCCUGUCCCCUCUGCUCUGUCACAGCGUCAGUGCCACUGAGGGACUCACACACAGGGUCCUCCCCUCUGAGACGCUCCAGGUCCCGACAGAGGACAGACAGCGCCUAGUCAGAGGACCAAAGCCCCUGGGAGAAAACACACCCCUCAUGGGCAAGCAGGAAAGGGGACUGGCAGACGCUGGGUGAGCAGACCAGCAGGCAGUUCUGGACACCAGCUGGUCGAAGCCAAAGGACACUGAGCCUCUGCAAGGGGCCAGCAGCAAGUCCGGCCCUGCUGCACUUGUCCUUUGCACCCCUGAGCCCUGGGAACUCGAGAACCUGGUAUUGUCUAGUGUACGGCCCAAACACCCUGCUCUAGGCAGCAGCACCCGGAACCUCCUGCUGGUGACCAGGCCUAGUUCUGGACUUCCCUGGCCUCCGCCCCACCCCAGGACCUCCCAGACCCAAAGCAUCCCAGUGACCUCCAGUGGAGCACACGGCCAGCCCCGUCCAGGGGAGCAGAAAGGCAGGCCCGCACCUCAUGCACUGAGGCAGACGCACAGACGUUGUGAGUCUUCUGGCUUCCGGUGUCCAUCUGUCUUUCUCCCCAGCCAUAAAGGGCAAAUGGGUGCUUGUUUUCUUUUAUUUUACUGGAUGAUCUUUGGGGGCUUCUGACCGCUUUCCUAUUUCCUCUAGCAAAUAAGGCACUUGGUUGCUGUCGGGGCUUGACGCCGGCGGGUGACCUGUCUGUCUCUUU